UUUAUUCUUUAUCAAAAACUUAUGUGUUUAACUCUUCGUCUUCUUCUUCUCGUGAUUACUCCAAAAACCUAAAUCAAAUACAGAAUCUCAACUUUUUCGAUUUCAUGUUCAUCAGAACCUAUCAGUGUGUUUGAUAAGUACAGCGAUCUAUUGUUUAUUUUUUGUUCAAAUUACUUUGUAGACGUUUAGUUUUUCUUUUUAUAGUCCUAUAAUCCUAUUGAUUAAAUUGUUUAAAUCUUUGUAUCGUUAGUGAAUAACGAUAGUUUAUAAAUGUUUGAAGCUUGAUUUUUUAGUCUACAAUCACUUUAGGUUUUGUUUUCGAUAAUCUUUAGGUUUUGUUUUACUUCUUCUAAUUGAAAGUUGUCGAUGAAAUCAAGGUCUGAAAAUUCGUGUAGAAGAUCUGUUUUGGCCAACCAAAACAACAAACCUGCUUCAGAGGAGAAGAUGAACAGAAGACAUCCACGAAGAUUAGAGACAGCUAUGGGGAACAGAUAUAUACACAGAUGAUUCCGAUCUCUUUGCUGUUAGUUCUUAUGCACACAGUUUAUUGUCGUCCUCCAUUGGCAUUGCAAGAGUUGUGUGCUAUCAUCAGAGUCUUGCCGUCACAAGAUUGACAUAUAUAUGUUUAGACUAUACCUCGAAGCUAAGAAACAAUCAGUUACAGAGUUGAGCGGUGUUAUAUAGUGAAGAAGGUGGAACUAUAGAACUGGAACCAACACAUUCCUGAGGAGUGGAGCCAACACUUGCACCAAUGGCUGUUGAGAAGUCUAUGACCACCAUAGCUGCAGCUUCGGUUGAAAAGAAGGAAGAAGGUGGACCGAUUGGUUUAAAAGAGACCCGGUUCACUCGACCUGCGUUGCGUCGUUGCCUAUAUAUAAACAAACACUCGACCUUCCUCAACUCCCCUCUUCUCGCUUUCGCGCACUGAACUUUCCACAGUGAGAAGAAAAAAAAAAAAGAGAAAGAUGACUCUAACUCUAAGCAUGGCGGAAACCCUAGACGCUCUAAUCGAUAACAACCCCCAAGAAACCGAUUACUCCUCCUACGCUCAUCAUCCCGAGCAGGAAGAAGACAACAACAACAUCGAUCUCUCUCUCCUCCGCAUCAACAGCUUCGGUAACUCCUCCGAUCGCCGCCGCCGUGCGAACUCCUCUCCUCCGCGCGGAUCUUUCGGCUCUUCUCUUCGCCCCUCCCCGGAGUCUAAAGAAGCCGACGAGCCUAUGGGAUACUCGAAGAUUCCUCUUCCCGUGGAUUGCAAUCCGUCGACGCGAGUCCGUUCGUCUCCGAUCUACAAACGAUCUCUCUCCGAUACGUUUGCUUCCCGAAGAAGCCGUGUCGCUCAAGAAACAGCACUGCCGCCACGGCCGCCGGUCUUCCGGAGGUGCGUCUCCGAUCUCUCGCCGGGACGUCCGCAGGCGUUUCGUGGACCUUCUUCUCGAGAAACUGAUCUUGCGGUUGAAGAAACGUCUGAAGCCAAUAAGAUGCUCUAUGCUAUCAAGAAUGGAGUUUUUGAAUUGGAUCAGUGGUGUAACAAGCUUCUACAGUACGGUGAAUCGGUCUCUUCUCUGAAACAAGAUGGCGGCAGUCCUAAGCGUGUUAUCAGGGAGGGAGUUCGUGAAUUGGAUCAGUGGUGUAACAAGCUCAUCAAGUACGGUGAAGCUGUGAAGCCAGACGACAGUCCUAAGGGAGUUGAGUCACCAGAGGAGGAGCACGAGAAAGAGGGUAAAGAAGGAGUGAAGGUGGACAGAGUUGGUGAGGCUUUUGUUGUUGAGAUCAACUGUCCUUGUGGAAGAAACUACAGAACUCUCUUCUCUGGCCGUGACUGCUACUACAAGCUCUUGUAGACCAUGGUUUUCAUCAUCCGUACGUACGUAUGUGGAAGGAUCUCUCUCUCUCAUCCUCACAAAGCUGCUGGUAGAUAGACGUACGCACACUGUUUCGUGCUUGCAGAUACUAGCUAUACACACAUUUCGUUUCAUUUGUACAGAUUGUGUUCCAUACGCUUCGUUUCAUAGAGAUAAUAUACACAUUGAUUGUUCUAGUGUCAUACUCUUGUUACCCUUAUUCGUUGA